AUCGACACAGGACCUGAGACACAUGGAGGAGCGGAGCUGCUGUGGUUUCCUGACCUUCACUCUUUCGUUGUUUCCCUGAGCCCAUCAGCGAACAGUUGUAUUACAUUGUUUUGAAGUUAAACAUUCUUACGAACAUACGGCAUACUCUGUAGAAUUGCAACAAUGUCUCUAAAAACGGCUACUGUCCACGCAACAUGGAUAAUAGGUAGAGUGAUUGGGACGAAAAUGCAGAAGACUGCCAAGGUUCGAGUUACCAGGCUUGUCCUGGACAAGUAUCUUCUCAAGUACUACAACAAAAGAAAGACAUACUUUGCACAUGAUCCACUGGAGCAGUGUAGUGUGGGAGACAUAGUCCUGCUAAAGGCACUGCCAGAGAGGAGGACCAAGCACGUGAAACACGAACUGGCGGAGAUUGUGUACAAGCUUGGCAGUGUGGUCGACCCACUCACAGGGAAGAGGGUUGCUGGAAGUGUUUUUCUGGACCCCAUCACUGACCCCACAGAGCCCACGCAGGCUUUAGCAGAAAAUUUGGCUGAACUGGCCAUCAAAGACUCAGGAACGCAAACGCACUAAACACCUGGACUGAUCUAACAUGAGAGAGGAUACUUCCAUUGGAUGUUGGCAUGUUGGUAUUGUGUACUGUUGUCAUAAUAAAACUGUUUCACUGUAUAUUUUGUGAGACCUUUUAUGUGAUGUGCAUU